AAGGAAAUUCUGUCGAUGACUCCAAGUGUAACAGACCAACGAGGUGCAUUUCUGACGGCGAUGAGAAACCUUAUAUCUCGUGUACGUGAUACCCGCUGACAGGUGUGCUAAGGUAAAUGGAAAAAGAAGAUCCGAGGCAAGAUGGAAAGGGGAUCAUCUUCGCAUAAAAGACGAUCAACCGUAGCGAGCCUUGAAAUUCACACAAGGAAUAAAAUAACAUGAAGAUGCCACUGCACAGCAAUUUCUGGCCCUCCAAAAAUAUCCAGGACAGCAAUUGGAUCAGGAUAUUGCCUGAGGAUUGGUGCCGCAUGUUCCGAACUUUCUCCAUGGAAGAUUAAUAUCGAUGCCCAAGCCCAAAACACUUGAAUAAUUAGCGAAACGUGCAGGCUGGUAUCGGGAACGAGGAGCAUAGUGGUUUUUCGACGUGGAUCUGAUUUAUUCUGUUGUGUCCCGUUCGGUGAAGUGAAAGGUCUUGAAUCGCCGAAGGAGGAAUCGAUCGCGCUUUCCGGCUUCAUUCGCUUUGUUUGCCGGCAUUUGAACGAAACACGCGCUGAUAAUUCGCUAUGUACUUACUAUCAUGUGGAAGCAGGUGAACAGGGACGAACGACCGACUUCAGGCCUUUCACCCCGGCAUAAUUCUGCCCGACUUUCAAUCUCUUUUCCCACGUAUUCAACCUGCGGCCUCCGUUGUACCUGCCUAUACCGUGGGUUGUUUUCGGUUAAAUGUCAUUCUUUAAUUCCUUAAUCACAUCAAAUACUCAUACAGAUACCUAAAGACAAUAUUGUGAUAAUGGACUCAGCCAAUGACAUUUGCAUUCCUUAUAGAUGUAAUUUUCUGAUAUUACUAGCAAGAACAUGUCUUCAGAGUUGGAGGCUGUGCACAUGCCAUUCUUGGGUUCUUCAAUUACAUCAAAUAAUGUGUCUGCCAGGAUUUUUGAAGAUAAUACAAUAAUAAAUAAGGCGAUCGCGGACUAUCUCAGCACUAACGGCUAUCAAGAUGCACUCGAGGCGUUCAAGAAGGAAGCCGAUAUGCCUGGGGAAGUGGAAAGAAAAUACGGAGGCCUUCUAGAGAAGAAAUGGACAUCGGUAAUACGCUUGCAGAAGAAGGUAAUGGAAUUGGAAUCCAAACUCUCAGAAGCAGAGAAAGAAUUCAUCGAAGGGGCACCAACACGUAGCAAGAGAUCACCAUCUGAAUGGAUACCAAGGCCACCUGAAAAAUUUAGCCUUACUGGACACAGAGCUCCCAUAAACAGAGUUAUUUUCCACCCAGUGUUUAGUCUUAUAGUAUCUGCCAGUGAAGAUGCCACCAUUAAGGUAUGGGACUUCGAAAGCGGCGAAUUUGAAAGAACAUUGAAAGGACACACUGACAGUGUACAGGACGUUUCAUUUGACGUCUCCGGAAAACUGUUAGUCUCUUGCAGUGCAGAUAUGUCUAUUAAGUUGUGGGACUUUCACCAGUCUUUCGCCUGUGUGAAAACCAUGCACGGGCAUGAUCACAGUGUGAGCUCUGUCGCAUUUGUGCCACAAGGGGAUUUCGUAGUGAGCGCCUCUAGGGAUAAAACCAUCAAAAUAUGGGAAGUGGCGACAGGUUAUUGUGUUAAAACAUUGACAGGGCACAGAGAAUGGGUACGAAUGGCCAGGGUUAGCCCCUGUGGAGAAUUAAUUGCUAGCUGCUCGAACGAUCAAACAGUACGAGUAUGGCACGUAGCAACAAAAGAAACAAAGGUGGAACUUAGAGAUCACGAUCACGUUGUGGAGUGUAUCACAUGGGCACCGGAUAGUGCAAGAGCAUCAAUCAAUGCUGCAGCAGGGGCAGACAAUAAAGGUGCCCAUGAAGGACCUUUCCUUGCAUCUGGUUCGCGGGACAAGGUAAUCCGCGUUUGGGAUGUCGGUGCCGGCGUUUGUCUCUUUACUUUAUUAGGACACGAUAAUUGGGUACGUGGCAUCGUCUUCCACCCCGGUGGCAAGUUUAUCGUCAGUGCGUCUGACGAUAAGACCCUGCGAGUCUGGGACACACGCAAUAAACGAGCAAUGAAAACCCUCGAGGCGCACGUUCAUUUUUGCACUUCCGUCGAUUUUCACAAAAGCCAUCCUUAUGUGGUCACCGGUAGUGUUGAUCAAACGGUGAAAAUUUGGGAGUGCCGCUAGUCACCAAAACAUCAGGGUUUCUUUGAACCUUCGUCGAGAAAGAGAGAUUGUGAAAAAAAGGCGAACGAUGCGCGUCGAAUUCGAUGGAAACGGCCGAGGGAGUAAGAUGCUACAAAAAUGUUAUCGUACAUACUACUAUUAUUAAUAUUAAUAUUAUUAUACACACAUAAAUACGUACGAUUAAGAGCUCUUUAAUUAAUUUAUAAUAAAAUACAAUUAGUAAUUAUUAAUAUUACAUAUACGUUUUACGGUAACGAACUGCACGAUUCGAGGAGAGUCGGUUGAGGUUAGCUCUUUCUCGCGAGGAGGACAUUGCCAUAAUUUUGUCGGCGGUAGAUAAAAAGGAAAAAAAAUUGUUUCGAGCAUCUCAAAAUUGUGUCGCAAGAACACUUGCUUUCUAGAAACGGUUAACUAUACAUCUAAAAUGUUUCGCAGCGAAACGCGUAAUGGAAUGAAUCGAAUGAACGCAGUGCAUUCAAAUGUGUCGUCCUCCUCCUCGAACCGCCGACGGUGACCAGAGAAUUUCGACUGUGCCGUAUCUCCAGAAUGUCACGGUCACUCAUUCUCGUUUGCUACGCUGACCUCUCUUUGAACGUUCUUGACAAUGUAAAAUCGGAAAAUGACACCGAUACGUAUGACACGGACGCGCGUAUCUACUCGUAUACACACAUACGUAAGAGAGGAAAAUUCGAUAUGUUAGCAAUUAUAAUGUAUUGAUCGUCGUCAAUAAUUUAUUCAACAUUGAUCGAGUGCGUAGCAUGUUCCUGGUACAAAGCAAAACACGAUGUAAAGCAAACGAACGUGGCAAACGGGCAGGCAGAUUAGCGCUCUACGACGGUAUAAAGAAACAGGACAUUAGAGUGAGAAUCGAGGAGCGUCCGUUUGGAACGUUUAAGCUAUAUUUCAAGUUACAUGCUGCGUAUGUCAGUGUAUGUGUGUACUAUUAACGUCGAAGAACCAUUUGAAUCGUUCCCUAAAAUGUCGAACAAGCGAACAUCUAACAAGAUCAGCCAGAGACGAACGCAACCCAGAAGAAACUACUGAUCAGAAUAGAUAGAACCGAUGAAAAAAUAAAAACGAAGAGAAGUAGGACUUCGACAGUGCAUGGCGUCCAAACAACGUGCAUUAUUAACGAUAAUACUAGAAGAACGAGGGACGGCCGAGUGAAGCGUGCGGAUUUGUGAAAAUGCAAAAAAAUAUAUACUAAUGUGCAUUCGUACAGAAGUAUUUGAAGGGCGCAUAAUUAGUUGCGUGGGGUCCUGAGACAUGUGAGGUACUAGUUGUAUAUUUAGCUCUAAACUACUAUUAGCCGGUAGUGCAGACGUAGACAAGAAAACCAGAAAAAAGGGAAUAAUAGAAUCAAGCCGCAAAAGAACGAUUGGUCGGUACACACAUUUACGCAAGGCAUAUUUCGACAAGAUCUCGUAUAAUAAUUGCUUAAUUAAGGCCAAUUUUUCCUAACCAUUUUUCUUCUUCGUCUAUUAAUAUGCGCCACUUUUCCCUCUACCCAACUUCCCCAACAGAGCCAGAUACCAUUCGACUCAAUGUGGUACUAAAUUAUUUUGAUGAACAAAUAAAAACGAACUUCUCAUUGGAGCCGUGUGACAUCGUUAUGCUGUAUUACCUGUGUGUUUCGUCAUCGUUCGUGCAUCGUUAUUUGCCAUUUUUUUUCUUCUUUUCAAUCCAUUAAUAAUAAAACCUUGUAGCAAUCACGAUA